AUGGGAUGUGCGGUGCUGAGCUACUUGAAGUCAAAGAACACCGCCAAGGUGGCACCACAGGCCACAAUCAUUGGCAAGGAUGACAACGACGACGUCAUCUUUGUUGGAACAGGCCCACGCGCGCGAGACGGGCCCGCAGAACUCAUCGCCAACCCACGAGUGGACCAGCUCACCAUCGUCCCUGCAGCGAGAUCUCGGCGCGGAGACCGACCGCGCGAGUCAUCCGCAGCAAAGGCCAACACAGGAGCUGCCAGCACUGCCACAGAGCUGCUACAAGUCCCAAACACACCCCAGCCACAGUGA